AGGCGCUGCGAUCGCUUCUUGCUCUACAUCCGCCAUGAUUACCACAUUGCCCUCUCCCGGCGAGAAGGUGUUCGGUAUGCUUUCGUAUGAAUGCUGACUUUUCAAUAACAGAACCUCCGUAGCCAUGCGGCGUAUUGCUUCUCCGAGCUCGCGUGAUCCCAACGGGACGCUAGCGGGGCUCAUGAGCAUUCUUCCGCACGGUCUCUUUUAGCUUCGCAUGGUGAUCGAAACAGUUGAAGGACAACGUAUCAUAGAACUUACUUUACACUCUGCAGCUCUUAUGCAACUCACGUGAGCUUGCCUUCCUUCUGCAUCUGAAUUAUUUUCGUACGAUCUUGACGGGGUGCAUAAGUACGCAUGCAGUCUUACGGUUGGCGAACCUCGACCGUAUCAGUGACACUGAACUCCCUGGUCUCCAUGGACCUCUGUAAUUGUGAUGGUUGCACUUGAUAAUUGAUUUCGCAGACUAGGACAUUUCUGAGCCGGAGUCCAGCGGAGACCUUACAAUCGUUCAUAAAUCAAUCACUCGCCUCGACCACGCUCCGCUGAUUCGUCGCAUACCGUCAUCAUCACGUUCAACGUUGAAGAAGCACAAGGUUCGGGUAGAUAACGUGCAAAGGCACCGUGUUCCACCCUGUCCCUUGUGCAAGUUCACGAGGCAACACUCCCGGUCUGCUCUACAUCGUUUGCUCUUCCAUACGCUCAAGCCAAUUCGAGCACCAUGUCUAGCUGACAUGCUCAUUCCUCUGCGACAAAGCCAUGCAGAACCACAGUCUUGGCGUUGUUCUGGGCACAUGCUUCUCGAGCUCUUCAACAAUAUAAAAGCCGUUGUUGAUUGGCUUGUAGGUUUCCAGGCGACGACCGUCUUUUGUCUUCGACCCUCAGACAGACCUUCACCAGUCCAGUCUCAUCUUUCCUCACCUUUCCUCACACCCCUACCCAACAGAACAGCGCAAUGACUUCCUUUAAUAAGUUCUUUGCGUCCGUCUUCCUCGCCAUCCUCUAUUCCACUACAGCUGCUUUUGCCGCACCCUAUGCUCCCAGUGCCAAGCACGCGACUCAUCGGGUGCGUAACAUUGGCAGGGAUAUCCAGAUUGAGACUUUCCAUCCUGAGUCUUCGUAUGAAACUUUCGGCUCUGGCGUUGACCACCCUCUGUCGAAGCGUGCCGGUGUUACCAUCGGAGAUUCGGCCCUCGCCUUCAUUCACAAAAAAUUGGGUCUCAGCGAUGAUGAUGUUCGCGUCCGCUCGUCCUUCGAGAGCAGUGGUGCGGCACAUGCCUAUGUUCAGCAGAAGUUGAACGGUGUGCCUGUCGCGAAUGCCGUCGCUAACGUCGCAUUCAAUCGCGAUAACAAGGUGGUCGCUUUCGGCUCGUCUUUUGUCAAGCCUUCCCACGUCGCUUCCGCGGAUCCCUCUAUCAAGGUUGAGGACGCUAUCAAGACUGCUGAGGAGAAGCUGGGCGGCAAGUUCGAUGCUGAGAACUUCCCUGCUCCUACCCUUGAGUAUGUCGCACAGGCCGAUGGGUCCGCCAAGCUAGCCCAUGUCUUCCAAGUCCGCAACGAGGACGCUAACAGGUGGUUCGAAGCAUUCGUUGAUGCCCACUCCGGCGACCUCGUCUCUGUGACGGACUUUGUUUCCAAAGCAACUUAUCGGGUCCUUCCCAUCAACAAGGAGGUCUUGACUGAGGGUUUUGAGAACUUGACUGAUCCUCAAGACACCAUUGCCUCACCUCAAGGCUGGCACUCCGACGGUACUACUACCACGACCACCACUGCUGGUAACAACGCCAUCGCCUACAAGAGCAGCACUUCUGGCACCUCUUCUCAAUCCGCCUCCGGAGAGUUCAUCUACCAACAGAACCCCAGCCAAGCUCCCACGACCACCGCCAACUUGAACACCGCCCGUGUCAACGCAUUCUACAUCGUCAACACCAUUCAUGACAUCGCAUAUCGCUACGGCUUCACUGAAUCUGCUUUUAACUUCCAGAACAGCAACUUCAACAAGGGCGGAAAGGCCAACGACCGAGUGACAGUUAGCGUUCAGGACAGCGCAGGAACUGAUAACGCCGACUUCUCGACUCCUCCUGAUGGUCAGAGUGGACACAUGAGGAUGUUCCUUUGGGACCUCACUAGCCCCGACCGUGAUGGUGCUCUCGAGAAUGAUAUCAUUGUCCACGAGAACACGCAUGGCAUCACGAACCGCAUGACCGGUGGAGGAACCGGUCGUUGCCUCCAGACCACUGAGGCUGGCGGUAUGGGAGAGGGCUGGUCUGAUGCCCUGGCUGAAUGGACCGAACAUGACAGUGCCACUGUCAGCGACUACGUUAUGGGUCAAUAUGUGAUCGACGACCCUGCCGGUAUCCGAUCCCACCCUUACUCUACGAGCGCAACCACCAAUCCUCUGCGCUACUCUUCUGUCGGUGAACUGAACGAAGUCCACAACAUUGGCGAGGUCUGGGCGAACUUGCUGCAUAAUGUCUACGCUGCUCUCAUUGGUGCCCACGGUUUCUCGUCCACCGCUCGCACUGAUCCAUCGUAUGUCUUACUGUUUUCCCUCCUAACGCUGACGACUGAUAACUGGCACUUUGAAUAGCGGCACCGCUGGCAACGUGGUCUUCCUCCACCUCUUCCUCGAUGCCCUGGCACUCCAGCCCUGCAACCCCACCUUCACCAGCGCUCGUGAUGCCUGGAUCCAGGCUGACGUUAAUCGCUACGAUGGCUCCAACAAGUGCACUCUCUGGAAUGCAUUCGCCAGUCGUGGUCUCGGUGUCAAUGCUGCGAACUAUGAGGACGAUUCUAGUGUCCCAUCUGGCUGUUAACGAUUGGUCUUAUUGGUUACCGUUUCGAAUGACUCUUGCAUAGAUAUCCAGCAUUCUGUCAUGAACUCUUGUUUUCGUUGUAUACAUUGGGCUAAUUGUUUCAUGCAUCGAUACGUAGUUAAUCACGCAUUUUCUCCUUUUAUAUCCGUAAAAUGUUGUACUUCCGUCCUCAUUAUGGAACGUUGAAAAAGGUUGGCUUUUAACUCGGUCAGUUGGACCAAGAUAGACUUAUUGAAAGCCCUCUUUGCGCCACCGUGUCAUUGACAUCUGCACUUGGGAUGCUGACUUGUUGAACGGACUGUACUGGAAACCUACCGGACCAGUCGCGAGAUCAACUUAAUGCUUGCAAGAAGGACAGGCCCGGCGCAGUGCACCUACAUUGAGAUUCCAGCUAAUGCUGUAAUUGUCGAACAAAAACAGAGCAUCCUC